CUUCGCUUUUCGAGUUUCUCCUGUCUACCAGGAGCCGCCAAAACAUUUUCCAAGCUCUCGUGAGUCUAACAUCCUUUAAGACAUAAAGCUCACACAGAGAAUAAGAAGAAGAAGAGGAAGACGAGAAAGAAAAGUGCGGAUAACCUGCGUCGUCGAAGCGUUUGGAUGAUGAAGGGCUUACGGAUUUUCCUCCCUGCUCUCCUUCUUGUCUUUGGUUUGGCGACAGUUCUGGCCGAGUCCGCACCUGAACACGUGUGUGAGACAAAAAAUGGGACAAGCUGCGAGGACUGUCUGAAAAAUGUGACGUGCCUGUGGUGCAUCAAGACAAAGUCAUGUGUAACGUAUCCAGUGCAGACCAUCCUUCCACCCCAUUCACUCUGCCCGCUAGAUGAUGCCCGCUGGGGGCUCUGCUGGAUGAAUUUCCAGACGCUGAUAAUCACCCUGUCUGUGCUCGGGGCAGUUCUCAUCAUCGCUCUCAUGGUCUGCAUGUUCUGCUGCUGCAAGUGUGAGAACUUUGGAUCCCAACGAUUUGAGGCCAAGAUGCAGAGGCAGGCCAAUAAGACGAAAACCAAGCAGGAUGAAAGGAGAGCAGAAAUGAACAAGAGACACCAGGAGAUCAGGCAGAAAUACGGACUGAAUGGGCCAAAUCCAUAUGCAAGAUUUUCCUGAGAUCCACGUUUUGAGCUUUUGGAAACAAGGACUGAGCUGUUGAUCAGUAGCUUGGUCCCUGGUUGUAAAAAUGUGCACGACCCAAUAUUUAACAGGAGCUAGAAUAAUGGAAAUGUUUUCUGCAGGCAGGUCUUCGGUGUCGAUAAACUCAUGAGUCCAUUCAUUUGAAGGCUUUCACUGAUGGUAAAACGGACACACCUGGAUGCAAUGGGUUCUUUUUUCUUCCAAACCAGAGGAGUUCCUAUUCACUGUGGUUCCUCUUAUUUAUUAGCCUUUAGCUUAAAUAUGCAAAAUGGAAGUCACUUUAGAUGUUAAAGUAUCAAUCAUCUUCUGCCAAACAAAAUCUGUGGUCACUCCAGUUUCAUGGAUGCUUCAGAUUUUAAAAGUAUAUUAGAGAUGACAUCUUUUUGUUUUCUGAUUAUCCUGAUAUUUCUGAAAGCCACCGUGCUUAUAUUGUUUGCUUGUUCCUCUUGGAAUUGCUUUUUAACACAUUUUUACAAAACAUAUUCAUAAUUACUGAUCAUAGUCAGCAUUUGUCUAAAUCAGGCUUGUUUUACUGCUGUUUGUGUCACAUGAAGCUAUAUUCCCAAUAAAAGAUCUUAGACUAC